AUGUCUUUUGAGGAACGAGAAGGCGGCAGUAAUCAGUUCCCUCCUUCAUGGUACACCUCAGUGGAAAUUGAUUCUCUGCAUUGGUUUCGUUUGCAGGAUUUUAAGCUCGAGUUUGGCCAUCAUCAAGGCAGGACAAGUUCUGUCUGGCGUGGAGGUACAGCCACCAUUGGUCAGAGCCCUGGAGAUGAAGUAUGGGGAAUAGUGUGGAAAAUGAACACUAGCAAUUUAAGUUCACUGGAUAAACAAGAGGGAGUUGAAGAUGGCAUUUAUGUCCCAGUAGAAGUUAAUGUCCACACUCAAGUUGGAAAGGUACUGACCUGUCGAAGCUACCAGAUGAAGGACUAUGUCUGUGGUCCCCCUUCUCCUCAGUAUAAAAAGGUUAUCUGCAUGGGUGCAAAACAGAAUGGCUUGCCAACUGACUAUCAGAAGAAAUUAGAAGCUAUUGAAACUAAUAACUAUGCAGGGCCGGUGCCAAUCAUGGAAGACAUUGAAGCUGCUAUUAAAGCAAAGAAAAUAAAUUCUGCAUAAGAAUACCUCUGCACUUGCUUGGCCAUUCACCUUGAUUUAGAUACCUUGCCUCACUGUGCUGAUCAGCAGUUUCUUUAUUUAUCAAGAAAAGAUGAGUUUGCUGUGCAUCUACAGUAAGCCAUUAGACGUAAUUUGCAGUCUGAAGACACACUGACAUUGGUAACUUCUUCACUUUGUAUGUAUAGCUUGAGUACAUGCUUAAGUUUUUGCAGAUUUGGAAAUUAUCUUUUUUUAAUUGUCAUGCAGUGCUGCCCGCAAAUUUGUGCUUCAUGUCCUGUUUAUAGACCUUUUUAAAAGAAAAAGGCCACCUUGCUGAGUAUUGGCAUCUGUUGCCUUCUGAGAAAUAAGGGCUGCAGGAUCAGGCCCUUUGGUUUUUAAAUGUUGUAUACACAGUUAUUAAGAAUUUCAAACAUUUGUUAGAGUGCAAAGUAGACUCAAAACUCUAAACCAAGACUCAACUUUUCUUCUCUGCUGCUUCUCUUAGUGGUUUAAAGCCCAACCUAUCUGAAGCUAUGGAGCUCCUGUUUCUGUUUGUAUAGUUAGUAAAGAAAGCAGAGUAAUAUUUUUUUAACUAUCUCCAUAUUUUUAAGUAUUAGUCCAAAAGGCAACCAAGGCCUGAAGACAACAUUCAGCAAAGGAUCUCAUUCAAAGCAUAAUGGCCUCCUUCUUUCUAUGUCUAGUAAUCAUCAUACGUGAACUGGUUAGGUAUAACCAACAGAUUUUAAAGAAUUCAUUUUAGUUAGAUAGUUCCAAGGGUUUUUAAAUUACUUUUUUGACUGGUUUGUUGCUUAUCAAGGCUUUGGUCUCAUGUCCAGUGAAAUCAGGAAGUCUCUUGUGAGUCCUAGCACAUUUGUUUAUGGUUUUGUCUAUUAAACCCCAGAUGAACAGACUUGGCCUCUUCCCCUCACCCCCCUCUCAGCUUUGACAAUCUGCAAAACUGGAAGCUCUUGUAAGGUUUAGAGUACUUAACUUACCUUUAUGGUACUUGGCAACCCCUGUAGGUAGUCUGUGGGGGACAAGGAAAACUUGAUAACCUGGAAGAUGUCAAACAACAAAACUUUGGCUUGUCUUCUGUAUGGCGUGUUUUUUUUUUUUUUUUUUCCUCUUGAUGUACAGAGGGGUGUAAGAUAUAAUCGGUGUCACUGUGUGAAUGCUUAGAUAGGCAAAUGACAAAGUAACAGACUUACCAUGUCUUCUCUGCAUAAAAUUUUUCUGUAAACUUCUGCCGGGGAUGUAUAGGUACUGUCCUGAUGUCUCAUGCCCAUUUCCAGAUUUGGGCACUGUGAUUGCAGUAAAACAUAGUACUUUCUGUAUUAGCACUGUCUAGUCUGAAACUGAGUAAAUAAAAUCGUG